UCGUUCUCUGUUCGACUCGAAUCGAAAGAGAAGUUGUGAUGAGAAGCGAUGUUUAUGAGGGCGUUUCAUGAAAAUAAUCCUCUAAAUAUUCCGAUCUUUCACCACAAUGUUCUCCUCCUUAGCAAGCAAAACUUCUUUAUUUCGCGCUACACUUGUUGGAGUUAGCGGAGUGGGAUGUUGUUUGAUAUGGAAAUCAACUAGGCAAAACAAUAACUGCUCUGUCGGUUUUGUUCAUGCUAAAUCCGCGGACCAUGGUCAUCAAACUCGGCGAAAGACAAGAUUCGAUCAGUUUGCGAGCAUUGAGGUGGAUGGGCAGUACCUGAUGUCGCCAUCUGACUUUCUUGAAUCUGUCAUGCACAGAGAUUCACCAGGUGAUUGACUGACAGUUGGACACAUACCCAUUUUACCCAGUUCAUGGCACCUAAUUUACAUUAAGAGGGGGGCGUAAGGGGGAUACGAAUAUCGCAAAACUGCACAGAUAUACGUAUAAACAUUGCACUGAAUAACAUAAGAAAAAAACGCAAACCACAUUGAAAUUACUCGAAAAUUUCUAAGUACUACAAAUUGCCUAGUUCUGUAAAACUGCAAUACCACAACUUAAAAUAAAAAUUUCCUCAAAUCCGCACCAAAAAUCGGGAAAAACCACAUCACUGCAAACCCUUAUGUCCCCCUCCAUUAACAAAUUACGUGUAUAAUUGGUAAAAAAAGCCUCUUUCUGCCUCAGAGACCACUCAGAGCUUGGGGAGAUAAUGUACCAGUCAAUUCCAGACUGCCCAUCCCUUUCUGAGACUUAAGAUAUUACAGUUGGGUUUAAUACAAUUGUAGGAUAGAUACAGUAGUUACAUUUAUGUUGAAUAAACGGUUUGAUGAAUGGGAAAAUCUUUGAAUAGAUGCUGGUGGGUGGGGGACUUGACACUAAGGGCUAGCUGGUGGGGCAUUUGACCAUACAAACUGCCAACAUACCUGGGGAAUUUUUCAAAAAAUUCAAAUGCCCAGGGGUUGCCUGGGCUUAGGGGUUGGCGGGCAUGGGCAAUUUUGGAAUUUUUUGGUGCAUAAGACAAGAAAGCAUAAUAAUUGGAGCAAUGAGGUGGGAUAAAAGAAGCCUUUCAGUGGUGAUGACAGGUGAAAAUGGUAUCCACUUUUUUCGCCAGAAAGCCACUUUGGUCAAAGUAGUUUUGCUUGGAAUAAGGUUGAUUUGCCCGACAUGCAAUUGUUGUUCUUUAAGCCUAAAAAAAUGGAAUAAGUAUGAAAAGACAGUGAUUGCACAGCAGUGCGAGUUACAACCUUUUCCAUUGAAAUUGUACCAGAAAAUAAAAACUAUCUCAACUGUUGACAUAACGUUUUCUGAGGUAAACUUCAGAUCUCUCUUAAAGAUGGUUUCUAUAUGCAGAUCAUUGCAAUUGCUAAGAUCAUUCAGAUAGAUGAAACUUAUACCAACUACCAUGUCUAUUUUGUGUUAGGAUGGAGCCGCAAAAGACCAUUAUCAAAGACUGUAAGUGUGUAAAAGUAUGCUCAUAUAUAUGAUUUAUAAAACAGUAGUAAUAUUGUCUGCUGUAUUAAAUAUGCAUACUGGUAAUUUGUUCUCUUAUGGAUGUUGCCUGGGUUAAUUUAUUUUAACCAUACCAUGACCACCAUAAUCCAUUCCUCUGAGAAUUAGAGGAAAGUAAAAUACGCUUAUACUGUGAAACUCUCUUAAUGCAAGGUGGUUGCAUUUAUGAGAUUAUCAGACAAGAAUUAGUGAUGGAUUGUUUAUUGUAUUUGGGUCAAAGAAUAUAAUCUUAAUGUAACAAGACACUAUCGGAGUGUACACCUGGGCGUUGUUUUUACAUGCUUAUGUGAGGAUUUUUUGGUGUGCUGUAGUGUUGUUAAUAAUGGGUUAGUUGAAAUGGGUUAAAAAGGAGAGGAGGAGUCAUAGUGGGCAUUGCUUGGCAUGAAAAUAGCUCAAAUUUUUCCUUGGAAUUCCUAACACCAACUGGCUCAGGGAAUAGCAAAAACAACGAAUACUAAGAAAAUAAUGUUAUGGACUGGGAGCAAGCUCUCCUUUUUUGUGUGGCAAGCGAACGCGUGAGUGAGCGACGAAGCCUUGUGGGGUGGAGGAAAAAAGAGCUCUCCCUUUCUUUCCCCGCACCUUGCUCUCGCGUGCCACUCUUGCGUAACUUCUUUUAUUAUCCCUUUAAUGGAGAGCUUGCUUGCAGGCUAGAAAUGUUACUAUUUUCAUUCUUGUGAGAAGUGGUUGAAUCGUCAUCGUAAUGGCUCAUUCAAUUCCAAGUGUGUCUGUCCUCCCAAAGGCAUUAGUCAAAGGCAUUAGACUGUGGGGGUUUUACUACAUGUAAAAGUAGGCUGCGGCCCAAGGGCUCAUGGCCUGUUGCUGACAGCCCAUGGCCCAGCCUUCAACCCAUAUUUCAUAGCAGCUCUCCUCAAGAUCAGGCAGCCAGGCUGAUGCGGUUAGUGGGCCACUGGCCAGUAGCAAAACCCAAGUGCGUUGUAUUGGGGCUGCUACCUCUGUCAUGUUAGUUUGCAUUUUUUGGGGGAUCUACCCUUUUCCUACCAUCCCUGUCAUGUUGGUUUGAACCUCAGUUUUUUCUCCAAAGGGUCUACCCCUUUUCUUCUUGGGUGACUAGAAAAUCCCAUUUGUGUUCAUAAGAGAUGGGUUUUACGGGUUGAACUUCAAUUUUCCUUAGAGCACAGCCUUGCAUUUUUUUGACAGUUAAGAUACAAACCUAGUUACAUGUAAGUAUUUAAAUGUGGAUGUAAAAUAAAGGGUGGCUUCUUGAUUGUGGUCAUGUCUUGAGGUUUGAAGAAAAUUAGUUGGCUUGUAAAAUAUUCUAGUGAAUUGUUAAGCAGUCUGUGGUAAAUUUACAUGUACAGUACAUGUACAGUACAUGUACAGUAAAAUAAAAAUGUUGUUUGCUCUCUCUCUUAACAGGUUAUCUCCCAGAUGGUAAAAUGUACUCCUUCAAUAUCCAAAGGAUCUAGAAAGUUUUUCAGGACUUUACAAGAAAAUGGUAAUUUAGGCAGAUACAUACUAACAGCCUUUAAUUCUACAAUUUUAAAACUAUUUAAGAUAUUCAUUUGAAAACGUAAAAUGCAAUUUUUGCUAAUUAUGUAGUGAAUGGCUCAGCAGAAAAUACCAUUUAUGAGCUCUAAUGGUUCAAUAAUUGUAAAAUUCUAUGAAAUCUAUUACACUUGUCUUGUCCAUUGAUAAAAAAGUAAAAAUUCCCCGUUAAGUACGCUCUAUGUUGAAACAUGAUUAUUAUAAGUAACUGAGUUGUUAUUAUUUUAUUUAUUUUUGGUUUUUGGGCCAGCAGGCGUAAAAAUAGUAUUAAAGUAAUUUAGUACUGGAUACUUGCAGAAUUCCAUCAAUUGCAUGAUUUAACAAGUCUAGUCUUAUUUGAUAAAUAGAUAUUUUGUUUCCAUCAAUUGUCUCAAAAAUGAUUUAACAAGUCUAGUCUUAUUUGAUAAAUAGAUAUUUUGUUGACCAUGGGUGAAGAACUGGGCCCUGAAAAGUGUCAGCUUAGAAAUGUGAAAGUUGGGCGUUAGAGCAUUUUAGAGAAAAAAAAAGAAAAUGUCAUAAGAAUCACUCAAGAUGACCUUUCUUCCCUGAAAAGGGUGAGGGGCUUAUGAGGGGGGGCUUAUUUGAGAGGUGGGGUUAGGACUUGAAAAUGGCCUUCAUACUUAACCCUUUGGAUCCACUUUCACAUUUUUAUAGAAGAAUUCACAGAAAUUAUUUUAGGUACUAGUAAUCAGUAAUUUUAAUUUAUUCUCAUAACUUUUUCUCUUGAGUACAUACAAUGUAUUGAUAACAUUAGGAGAAAAUUCAUGUUGGUCACUCCUCGGGAGUUAAAGGUUUAAGGGAGGCUAAAAUACAGUGUUUAUAUGUUGCCAGGACUGCGACUAAGGAGGGGUCCCUUAGAAUUCAUUAGCUGGAUUUAAUCGUAACAUUCCCUCAAAGGAUAAUACUCUCCACAUACAUUUAAUUCAAGAUGCCAACCCCUCAAUGAAUAACAUUGUGGCAGUUGACAAAGUUCACAGUUUACUUUAGCUACAUGUAUUGUAUUUUCAUAACAAUUAUUCAAGUGUAUUUAUGCAAUGUGAAUUCGUUUUUCUUUUUUUUCAGGUAUCAUCACUUUCUCUGAAUAUCUGUUCCUUUUGACUAUUCUUAUGAGUAAGUUGGAUUGGAAUUAUGUCCAGUCCCCUAUGUAAUUUUCUUUGACAUUGUUAUGGUCCAUCACUGAGUUUAAUAGGACAAUUGCACGAUGACGUCAUUUUACUACAACUACCAGAAUCCCUGAGUUUGUUGUUUUCUUUUGCGGGAUUGGCAAAUUUAAAUAACAAAGCAAAGCCGAAAUGAAUUCUGGUAGUUGUAGUCAAAUAUCGUCAUUGUGCAAUUGUCCUAUUGGCUGCUUUUGGAUCUCUAUGGUGGGCCAAAACUGGGAAGAAUACUAAAGGACAGGGGUAGGGAGGGGAAGUGAUUGCUGCCUUCUGUCACCCCCAGCACCUAUACCUAAAGGCAAUUAAUUUUUGUACUUUUUGGUGACCUUCCUCGACUGUUGCUUAGAAAAAAUGGGAUUGUAAACUGUGUAAGUUGGAUUUGAAUAGCUAAGCCUUAGACACCAUUUACAAAUUGUCUCAAAAAAUUCUUCUUUUAUUUGUCUUUACUUGAAGAAUCCCAAAGAGGUUUGGAAAUUGCUUUCAAGAUGUUGGACAAAGAUGGAAAUGGUCGACUUUCCAAGAGUGAAUUUUUUGUGGUAAGUGAGAUUUUCAUAACAUUUCAUUCUUUCUUCCAGCUUUUUCACUUUAUUAUUUCCAUCUAAUAAAAUAAGUAACACUUUUUUCCUUCCUUUACAGCUUGCAGAUAUGGUCAAUAAAAAGUCCUCUGCAAAAUCAAUGGUGAGAAAGAUCAGAAUGGAAACUGAGUUUAUUUUGAGAAGGGUGACUGUUUUUUUAGUGCAUGCAAAGCUAGGGCGUUUUCACCCCAUUUUUUUGUCUAGACGAUUUUUCGAAAGGUAAAACCGUAUAGUGCGCUAAAGUGAGGGUUUUGUGCUCUUUAACUGUAGUAGCGUACGAUAGCCCCUACACUCUUUACCCCAAUAAUGCCCUUCCAUCUGCAGAGAAGCGAAGGGGUCGCGAUCGACCUUAGACGCAUGAGAAUCAGGCUAUGAUUUUUCUGGCUUCACAUACGUACACCCUGUAAUUAUUGCUUUUGCCUUUGCUGUUUAAUUCAUGUUUCCCAGUGCUUACAUUAAUCCCUGAUGCGAUGUUCAAGUCCUCUGCGACAGUACUUCGUAUGUAUGUUGUCUCAUUAUACCGGAUCGAUUUUUGUGACAACACAGGAAUCGAUCCGCCGUAACGGUGUAAGAUAUAGGGUCUAUCACUUUCAGGAGUAUCGUGCGCAUCGCAGCAGCUUAUGGCGUUCCGUUGCGGACAAAAUUAUACCGAUAGUAAAAACAUGUUGAAAACAUAAUACUUAAGUCGAAACUUGGAAAAUACAUCGAAUGCAAUAAAAAAUAUGAGUCGAGGUUUGCAAAAUAUAUGUUCACGAACGAAAAAAAACACGAGUCGAAAUUUUGCAAUUUGAGUCGAAAAAAAUGCGAGUCGAGUUGAAAAAAAAAAAUACUCGAGUCGAGAAACAGAGAACGCUGACCAGUUGUGUUGUCUAUCGAUGUCUUAACUUCACCGAUACGAGGCUUCGAUCCAAAGUGGUGGUUUGUUGUCUACCAAAUAUUGCAGAUUUUUUCUUCUCCCUUGGUGGACUUAUCGACGACUUAGAGGGCAGCUUAGUUCAGCUUCAUUAAAAUGACAGUUCAGAAUUCUUAUUUUGGCGCCUUGACGAGUCAAAAGGACACUUGCAACUGUACUCUGUCGUCAAGAUAUUGUGAGUGAGACUUAACGGUUGUUUAGAAAUAGGGAAGUUCACCCUUUAUACGUUAAAUCGGACUGGAACCUACCGGUUCAACCAUAAGAAGCCCUUGAGAGAGGUUAAGUCACAACUGGCAGAGAUACAAACAACAAAGCCAAAACAUAACCUGUCACGCCAGGACCGACAAGCGUUAAAAAGAAUUAAAGCAAAACACUGACGCGCGACAUCGACAUCAAGCGGACAAGGGAAUCACUACAGUAGACACGAACAAAACUGACAAAAUAAGAGAAGGUCAAAUACAAAUCGACGACGAACAUAACUACAAAUCUCUCGUUGAACCAAUGUUGAAAGAAACGCACAGCAAGGUCAAGCGCCUAAUUAAGUACGGAUCUACACCGUGAAAAACAUCUGAAAACAUAAUGAUGAAAUGACGAGAAAAUGGCAAAUGUCAAACACCCAAUCGACCUAGAAUACCUGAGUUCUACACUCUAACAAAAAUUUACAAACCAACCAUAACAGUAAGACCAAUAAUCUUCGGGUGUGAUUGUGCAAGAGAAAGGGGGUAACAUUCGUACAUCUAUACCGGAGUGAGACCGUGUGUUAACAAAAGAGGAAAUUCCCUUGAUUCCUUUGUCCGCUUGGGCACGGUAACUCGAAUUCUGAAGUUAAGGAAAAACAGUUCGAGUAAGCGGGGUUCGAGUUAUUGCUUCAGUGUAUACUGUCUGACAGUGCGAUUUCAGUUUACCAAUUUCAUCAGAAACGGUAACAUGAUUACGCCUUUUUAUUAAAAAAAAGUGAUCUGUUCGUUGCAACAAUUAAUAUUAAAUUGCUGUAGUGUUGGUUUUAGUGUUUUUUAUUGAUUCUACAGCAAGAGGAAGCCAAGAGGAACUAAUGAAAUGACAUCCGAGUGAAAUUACAAGAACCUGAAUUCCGCGCGAAACGGCCCCAGCGGCGAAGAGCGAGGAGAAACGGAUGUUUUCGCAGGCUUAACUCGUAUCGGUGAAGUGAAGACAUCGAUAGACAACACAACUGGUCAGCGUUCUCUCUUUCUCGACUCCAAUUUUUUUUUUCAACUCGACUUGCGCUUUAUUUUUCGACUCAAAUUUCAAAAUUUCGACUCGUGUUUUUUUUUUCGUUCGUGAACAUAUAUUUUGCAAAUCUCGACUCAUAUUUUUUAUUGCAUUCGAUUUAUUUUACAAGUUUCGACUUAAGUAUUAUGUUUUCAACAUGUUUUUACUAUCGGUAUAAUUUUGUCCGAAACGGAACGCCAUAGCAGCUCUCCGGAAAAAAUUUCUUGCCUUCAGUGCUAGUAGCGCGUUUCGGCAGCCUCGUUCCCAGUCGGCCUAUGCAAGUUUGGACGUGACGUCACUCGCAUGCACUUAUAUAAUUGAGAGAUUGCUGUUUUCAGGAGCAUGCCGAAUUUUUUAAUCAUUCUUUCAGGCUUUGCGUGAAAGUGGCAAGGAUGAAGAUGAUUUCUUAACCAAGACAACGCUUACAAUGCACUUUUUUGGCUCCAGAGGAACUGGGACAAUUACUUUCAAGCAGUUCAUGAAGUAUGUGAUUGAUCUAGAAGUUUAGCAGAUUUUAGGAAUCCGCUUUUUGAUCUUCUCAGAAGGUCACUCCUUGAAUUGCGUGAUGCUUCGAGCAUUCGAACGUUUCGUAGGUUAAAAAUACCUUCAGUUUUGGGGUAGGUGGGGUGGCCCCCUCGGUCUCCCCCCUAAAUCCGCUCUUGAUUAAGGUUUUUCAGGUUUGUUGUUAAGAGCAUUCCUACAAAAGUUUGAAAAACAAAAAGGAUGUUAGCGGAGUUUGACUUUGAUCUGGUUGACGUUUCUUGCUCCAAUAGAAAGUAAUUUAUUCUAUUCCACAGGUUCAUGCAAGAUCUUCAAUUAGAAGUCUUCGAAAUGGAAAUAUCCUUUUUUUAGUAAUACGUGCACAAGUCUGUCGUGUUCCCAAGUCGGUUCCGCCCCACUAACACGUUUAGUCUGCACUGGAGGCUAGAAAUCGUUUGAUUUUGAUGUUAUUUUAGUGCGGCGAAAAAGCCGCAACUCCUUUCCGUUGACGGAGCCUCUGAAAUGUGUCUUUGCCAAAAAAAUUCCCCCUCGUUUCUCCCUGGAAUAGAACAUCAAUGGCCGAAAGGACGAGCGCUUGGAAAACAAAAACAACAAGAGUGUUACUUGUGGUGUGCAUCGUGAAGCACACGCCUUACUUUUGCAUCAAAUCGCCUCUGUUAGUACCUCCUGUACCCUCCAAGCCCUAGUUCUUCAUUUCUUGUGGCAUGCGAAGUGUUAAGCGAGAGAGAACUUGCCUCUUGUUUUCGCGUCCCCUUUCGCGUGCCGCACACGCCUGACCUCUCUUGAGAUCUCCUGAAUGGUAGAGCUUGUUUGCAGGUUAUUAUUCCCCUGAAAAUACAUGGCCCGCUGUCCAUUUUGUAGUCAAUCGAAAGAUCGAGCUGUCACGGCGAAGCUCAUUCGGGCGCUCGUUAUAUGCUGGUGCGCACAGCUGUCUGUCCUUAAAAUUUCCCUGCUUUCCUGUUUUUAAUAAAUAAUAAAUAAUAAUGUGUCUAUUGUUCAUCAGAUAAGAAUAUAUAUCUAAUGUAAUCGGGAAAAGGAGUGAAAAGUUCAGUUGAAUGCAAUAGAACAAAGAAGUAUAAAAAUAUUGAAAAUGGUUAAAAAAUAUACAUAUCUCUAAAUAUAGAAUCAUCAUAAAAGGUCGUAUUUGGAAACUAAUCUAUUUACGAACGUAUUCUUAAAACGUUCGGUAUUUAUCUUGUGCCUAUGGCAGCCUUUGUGUCUUGGGUUAAUCGAUCUUCUCUCUUGGAAAGCAGACCUUCAGGUGUUGGUUAUCACACCGUUUAACUUUUCUCAAAAUCUCUUUAUCCUGUUUGUGCAGUAAACACCUAAUGUUCAGCGGCGCAGAUAUAAAACGUAACUUAUGGCAUCUGUCUAAAUCUUGUUGGAAAACGUUAAGUUCCGUGUCGGAGGCACCAUGAACCUGAUAACCCAUAAGUUAAGUUAGGGAGUACGCGCGAUGCGCGGUGGUAGUGGUCGCUCGCUAAAAUUUCAGGUCUGUAGCGUUGUUUCACUCGUUCAAUUGGCGCUUUAACCUGUACUCGGUCAUCUUUCUCAGUGCUACCGGCAACACAGUGCGCUCUACUUUUAAAAGGCUUACAUGAAGGGCAAAGUCUGUACUUAAAAUCCUUAACUUUGCUCUACUUUAUGGAGUAUUCAAGAGGAAUGCCUACCAUACCCGAAGACAGCUUUGCUCGUUUAUUACUCAGAAACACUUCUUUAGAGGAGGAGCAAGUACAGAAAUACUUGAAUAGACUCUGCAAGAGGCUCAAACAGAGAAAGGUGAGAAAGUGAUAUUUAGAUCCACUCUAGUGAUAUUUAGAUCCACAUAUCUAAUUUGUCAAGAUUGAUCAUGGUCUUCUUUGUUAUUUUACUGUUGCAUGGAAUUUGUUGCAAACAUACUGUCGCAAAAUACAUCUAUAGCUUUCAUGGUAAAAUUGAAUGUUGUUCUUUUUUCAUUUGCACCAAAAAAUAACGUUUGUUCGUUGCUAUAUGUUGCAUAGAUGUAAAACUUCUGUAUUCUGUUAACCUCAGUAAGAAUCGAUAAAUUUAUAUUUUUUAACACAGGGCAUUACUCUGGAGCAGUUUUUAAAUUUCGGAAUGUUUUUAAACAAUUUGGAAGAUUUCGCUCUGGCCAUGAGGAUAUAUUCAAUCGCAGGGCAGGCAGUAACGCAAGGUAGGGCAUGUCACAUAACACAGCAAUUUUUAGUUUAGUGUCUAUUGUAAUUUCGCAGUUGCUUUGCUUUUCAGCUUGCUCAGUACUCUCUGCAACUAACUGACAAAUAACGGGCCAUUUUCUUAGCCAAGCAAAAGUUCAAAUUAAACCAAUCAUGACUUGGUCACCUGGCGUUUUCUCGCGCUAGGUAACCACUACGUGUGACGUAAUUGGUUUAUUUGAUUUUUAUUGGCCAAAGUAAUAGAAGAGAGAAGUGUGACGUCAUGUUACCAUGGUAGCGAAAUUAUUGGAUCACAGCAAUAGGGAGCUUAUAAGCAACGACGACGGCGACGGCAACGAGAACGGCAAAAAAGAAAUAGGUUUAGAAUAGAAAAAUAACAACUUUGCACGUGCGUCAUGCUUUUUUGUACAUUUCGGAGCCAUCAUAGCACGACUACGACGUGACACUUCCUAAUUUCCCGCGUCGGCCUUAUAAACUAGGUGAACACAACACAAUUUUUUUUUCUUUUUCUAAACUUACAUACAGUCCUUUCGGAUUUAACCCCAGAAAAUUUAGCCAACAUUUGACAAAUUAAUUGAAACUGAACGAGAUCGAUGAAGGAGUCUGAAACAGGUUUACGUGACUUUGUUAUCAUCCAGAAAUUUUGCUACCAUGGCAACGUGACGUAACGACUUGUCCUCUCUAUUACUUCCUUUCCUUUUCACGGCACUCAUUGGACUUCCAUUUUUUUUUAUCCGAAGCUAAAUCGAACGCUGAUGUAAUGAGCAUUGUUCUUGUGGUUACAGCUGUUCUCGUUUUUAGUUAGAGGCCUUUUAGAUCCGAGGUCGACCGGCAAGGACGUGAUUUGACUUAAAGGUUUUUUGCUGUAUUCUAAAAAAAAACCAGACAGCCUGGAAAGCUUGAUUUAACCUUAUUCUGGCUCUUGGUGAUUCCGACAACGUUGCAGAAUGAAAAUGCAAUUGUCCCGAUUGCAGGUGCUGAUACACAAGAUGAAUAAUAAUUUACAUAGAUAAUAAAAUAAACUCAACGAAGACUUAAACGGCGUAGAAAUAUGUAUAAGUAUAAUAUCAAUUUCCCAAUUUUGGCACCACAAGUUUUCCGAAAUGUUGUUCCUGUUAAACUUUUUAACAUCAGCGGAUUCGCUCUCACUGACGAAGGCUGGCGAUCGAAAUCUAAGUUGCUUGUAAAUUUUCAGUUAUGGCGGUCAGUCUACCUUUUCACUUCAGCUGAUAAAACUAACAGUAACAGUUUGUGUUUUACUCAAUCUUCUUCAGCGUUUUCGUAGUCAGCCGGCUCUUCUAUGUAAUCAGUUAACUUUGGCGUUUAUACUAAUCAGUGCUACUUCUUUAGUUUAGUUAGACUUUGCAUAUAAGUUAAUCCCAGUGAUUACUAGUUUGGAGUUUAUAAUUACUAUGUAUUGUUGAACAAUGCAUCGCUGCUGUCUUUACAUUCGAUCUUCUUCGACCACUGGCAAAACAUUCAGGUCAAAAUGUUAUGUGUGUAAACAAUGUAAACAGAAUGUUGUUUAUUUAUGAAUCGUUUGUCUUCAAAAGAUUUUUUUUCGGCUUGACUCGACAUUUGCCUUAAAACUUUCAGUUUGAAAAAAGUUUAUUUAUCAUGUUUGUUUCAUAUAAUUGUUGACAAGACCGUGGAAAACCUAACAAUCACUGUAGUGCUACAUUUCCUAUAUAUAGUCUUUUUAAUUUGUCUUAAGUAACCUGCAUAAACGACUUACGCCGCCAGUAUUAUCCUUGAAAUUGCCUAUACCGUGGCGACAGUUUGCAGAUUAAUACUUUCAUUAGAGAUCUCAUUAACUAUAUAAUUUGCUAAAUGGUCGGUGUUUCUAUGAAGGUUACUUAGAAGCAAAAAUAUAACAUUAACUAGUGAUCUAUAUCUGUACAAAAUUUUUAGAAGUUUCGUGUUAAAAUGUUUUCUUUAAGACUUUAUAGUAUCUCCUUUUAUUCUUGGAUUCCGUUUCCUCUGCCCGCUCAUCGGACAUUAGCAUAAAAACCACGAAACGAAGGUGUUUACAGAGCAAUCAAAGAACCGAUGAAAAAUAUCAUGCAGAUGAUUGAUCCAUGUAGUCGAUUCAAAGUAGUAAAAAACUCUUUAAGGCUUGUUUUUUGCAUCAACCUACGGAUUCGCUCUGCUGAAGAUCUUAGCUGGAAAUAUCAGCUCUUGCCGUGGAUCCCGCUGCGUUGGCGAAAGCCACUCUAGCAGUUGACUCUACGCCUUUUUAUGUUGGUUUCGCACAAUGUUUGCAGUUUAUUGAAAUAUUUUCGUUGUUUUAUUUACAUUUUAAACGAGUCCAGUUUGGAAUAUAUUCCCUUCAGAGUUGUGUAAUGUCCAAAGCAACCCGCUUUCUCUUAACUCCCUAACGCAAUAAAACUUUAUUGAACGACCCUCGCAUGUAAGCGGACACAGUUCCCGUAACUUUCACAUAUUUAUUUCCACACUGAGUUUCUGCUAAAUGACCGGAGCGUAUUUUGUUAACGGACACCUGGCACCUGAAUUUGGCGAUGGUGCCUUGGCUGUCGGAUUAAGCUUACUUAAUUUAUGUUUCCUCGUACUACCAGCUAAGCAAUAAGUGGGAAGGGGGAAGGUUUACCGUUUUUGCUUGUGUAAAGAACAGCUUCGAACUCCGAAAGACUCUCGUAGGAUUCGAUCUUUGUCUAGCUACAAAAAGAAACCUUUCACGACAAAAAAUUGCGUUGGAUUUGAAUAGGAUUCUGUUUACUGAAACAAACUUGAACUUGAUUAAUUAUUAACUAAAUUUCCCUUCAUAAAUCAUACAUCACUCAUGCUAUGUUUAGAUCGUUUGACGCUUGGUUUUGUUCAUCUAAAAUGUCCACAAAUCUUUGAAAUACGCUGGCGGCUAUCGACUAUCAACAUUGCAAAACCUUAUAGCUAUGUUUUUAAUUUAAUUUCCUUGUCUGAUUAGGUAACCGCAUAAAUUAUUGAAGUCUUUAUCGCGCUCUCCAAACUUUUCCUGGUAGAAAUGUCGAAAUUUAAUGGUGGAAAAUUUUCGCCUUUCGUGCAAGGAUUAGUGUUUGCAUUAACUAAUUUUUUUUAUCUAUAUCCGUAUUCAAUGUACAUUAUUGAUGGAAUACAAUAUAUAAGAAUUUCCUCUUAUUUGGUUAUUUGAAGGGCGUAAGUAAUAGGUGACAUUUUAGAGAUUAACAUGUAGCGUAAAAUUUUCGCGGCAGGUUCAUUUUCGGGGAUUAUCCAUCCUGUGUUUCUAGCAGUUCUAAUAUAUGGAGCGCGGCAAUGGAUUCUUUAUUCGCUGAGAAGGAGUAAAUUUUUCACGGAAGGAAUUUUGUUUUUACGAAAGUUUUUCCCACAUCGUUGGAAAAUUCGCACGCAGUUCAUGCCACGAGCUGACAUGCUUAACCAUAGCUGAUCUUAUGUAAUACGAUAUGUGCAUACAGAGUAAAUUAUAAAGCGGUUGUUCACUCGCUGUGUUUAUGUAUACUAGCUUUUGUCCUUGUCGCGUAUCAGUGAAGUUUCUUAUCAAUUGAAAACUUUUUAACGGUCGAGUUAUCUGCUUUCAAAUCUUAAUAUUUGUUGAACUCGAGGACUUUUUAAUCAGUGCUGACAGUCGAACAAUACUUUCGUUCCGUGUUCAAGAUAUGGAAUAUUAGGGUGAAUAAAUCCCCGAGUCGGAUGUAAGAAGUCAUGUUACUCCAGUUCGCUAGCUCACUGGUGUAAUAAAGUUAAACUGGGACAGUUAAUUUUCAUAUGUUCAUAACAUCUCGGGAACAAGUGAAAUCCAACUCGUUUAUAUGUUUUUGUUGUCAUCUGGUGCAUUAUUUUGCCACGGCCACGGAUUGAAGUAAAAACAAUUGCGAAGGCUCUGCUGUUUGCGAAGGCUCUACUUUGUUGGUUUUCCUCCAGAACGCUAAGACUCGCAGAAACUCUGCUCUGAACGCUCUGUUCAUAACACCAUAUAUGACAGGGUUGAUAGAACAACUGCCAAAUCCAAGGUAAAUAUAUAACAUAAAGACCUGUCUUGGGAUUCCCAGCUGGUGUUGUGUGAUAGAGUCAACCAUAUCAAUGGUAGCGAUAGGUCCCCAACAAAGGCUAAAUCCUAAAACGGAUGCGCAAAGCGCCUUAGUCACUCUCACUUCCUCCACGUUAAUGCACAGACCGGUUCCGACUUGUCUUUUUGUGUUCAUCUCACGGUUGUGUUCUUUGAUUGCUUUAAAAAUCUUGUAAUACGAAAAUGUGAUUAUUCCGAUAGGAAUGCUGAUGUAGAACACAUCCAAAAAGGCCAUAUAGCCCAUAUCGAUCUGCGGUGUUUUAAAGUCCAUGAAACAGAUAACUUUUCCGUAAUGAACAAUAAAUGUAGCCCAUUGAGCCAUCGAUGAGAGUCCUGCGCCCAAACCAGCCACUAGCGUUAUAACAACGAUCGAAAACGCAGUCGACUUCCUCUUGAAGUGACGUCUAUAAAGAUGGGGUCUUACCACGCGAAAGUAUCGGUUAACUGCUGUUGCAGUCAUAAGAAGCAAUGAGUAAAGCGCGAAGAAAAAACAAAAGAAACCUUGAAAAUGGCACACAGCACCACUAAACGGCCACUCGCCUGUUAUAAGCAGAACUGUCGACAUCGGCAUGCACAGUGCGGCCAUAAGAGCGUCAGAUAUGGCCAGGGUUACAACAUACAUGUUUGGAAUUGUACGAAGCCUUUGGUUUCGGUACACGGCCCAACACACCAUCAAGUUACCAGUGAAAGCCAGAACGUUUAUGACAAUCAUCAAACCACUCUCCACAAUAAGUAAAUUUUUAGGGCGAUUUAGAAGCUCUGGUGAAAGUGCUUCUUGUCCUUUCGCUGCCAUUUUGGACGAAAAAAAAAAUAGAUGACUUCGUGAAUGUGAAACCUAGAGAGACAUUCGUUCUUUGCUAGAUGCUCGCCGCAUUCUGUCCAGCUGACGAACGCAUCGACUUCUUUUCUUUUCUUUUCCUUUUAGUUUAAAACUGACAGCUCGCACCUGUGAUAUGGUUAAUCAUUCGGCUGACCUUCUCGUUAUUCAUUUUUGAAAUAGGUGUGAAAUCCGCAUCUUAGAAACCAUGGGCAACGUAUCUGGGUUUGUCUUUCGGGGACGACAAUUGUGCAUUUCUAAUUUUAAAAUCGGCAGGUGCGUACUUCAUUUUAAUGGUUAAUCGCUUGAAGGACAAACUAUUGCUUGUUGCUGAUUUGUCAUCAUACAUUCAAUUGUGUUAUGUUAGUUUUUUAUUAGUUGGAGUGAGUUUCUUUGCUGCUUCGUAAACAGAUCAGUUAUUUGGAAAGAGGGAACUCGCAAUACUCGUGAUUAGCAUUAAUGCUGCGCAAAAAUUUUUUCGAUCUGUUUACACUUCUCAUAGAAACAAGUAUUUUCAUCUUGAAAGGUGUCGGCCUUUGGUGGACUCUAAAUUGGAAACAAAAUGAAAAUUCAAAAUAGGCCUUCACUGAAGAGGACCAUUAUAUUUAAUCUCUCUCGAAAACGAAUUAGCUGCUUAAUGAAAUUCAAAGUAAUCAGGCUUCUUUGAAAGUAAUUUGUUCUUGCUAAAGAAACCCUAGAAAAUGUUAUGAAAUCACUGACUCUUGUUAAGGAAGUGACGUUUUAUGGGCCUACAUUUUUUCUUUCAUCGUGCUUAUAGCAAGAGAGGUAGAUUUCUCUUAAUCGGCCAUCUGCCCGCUUUAGAGAAGGUAUUUUGUAAUUUGCUGAAGUUUUUCUUUUUGUUUGUAUAUUUGUUUUAAUCAAGUAUAUUUUAUCGAACAGCGCAAUUUUAUCUUUUUAGUAAGCGGAUACUGUAGCUUCCCUGUAGAGCUUGUAGUGAGAUCUUAUAACGCAGGAUAGAAAAUGUGGUCAAAUGACGGAAAUUUUUUUAUUUAGAAUUUUAAACCUAAUCAUAGGUAAAAAAAUUCUCCAAUCUGAUUGGCUAAUGAUAGCCCUGAUUUGAGCAUUAAUAACACGGUGUAAUAGAACAGUAUGCGCCAUCGCACGCGCCCCAGUUGCAGUUAAUGGUUAUUUUUCUAAAUUUCUAGUAAAAAGUUCUCGUGCGUUCUUAAUUGAGUUUUUUAAACAAAAAAUGAAAUUAUCAAGAAUUACUUUCCCCAAUUUUUUGUUUCAGUAAGCUAAAUUGGUGACCGAACGUCGUGUCGUCCAAUUCUGUCUGCAAUCAUACUCGGAUUAAACAGAUCGGACAGCCGCUACGUGGUCGCCCGCUUUUGUUUAGUCGUUCCUAUGAUUACAGACUUCAAUCGAAGGCUAACUUAGACCGCUUACCAUUUUUCAGAACUGGCUGGACCAGUCCAGUCAUAAGGAGAAUUCCACUACAGGGGAAGCUUUCGUGAGCGGACACCCUCGGUGCGCGAAAAAGGUGUCCGUUACUAGAGCUGGCUGCUAACGAGAAUGGUUCUGAUAAAUAGGCACUAAAGAUGUGAGGCCGGACUAAAUGACCGCUGACGGGAGUUUGCCCAACGACAAAUAAACAUUGUAAAUGCCAAAAACUGUCCGUUAUUGUUUGGCUAUUCUGUUGUUCUGAAAAUGUUGUAGUUCAGUCACAAGCAUAAAAUUCACGUGGUGUUUUGAAGUGAAACCGGACGUGUAUGUGAAAAGAAACAAACAAACAAACACUGAAACUGAUAUAAAUUCAUUGUGGCGAACAGCGAUAUGAAGUUGAUAUAUUAAAAUACAAGAUUCAGAGGCGAAUGAGAUUUGCGGGAGCUUAAAAACAAAGCUAAAAUGUAACUCGUAAACCAACUACCAACCAACUCGUAAACUCGUAAACCGUCCGCGGCCGCCCGCGGGAAUUGUCCUCUUUGGGGAAUGUAAAAAUACAGAAUUUAUAUGGGAGUUGAAACGUGGUUUGGUGAAAGUGGCGUAAGAAGAGCUGUCCGCUUACGUGAGUGUCCGUUAAAAUAGCUUCCACUGUAUUAAUUUUUAUUCCUAAUUAGUAUCCAAGAUCUGAUUGGUUUUAGUAAACAUUUCGAGAAAAGAGUAAUAUUUUAUUUUGAUUUUCGGCAAAUUAACUGGUCUGGCCGGCUAGUACUGACUUUUGGAAAACGCCCUUAGAUUGAGGUUAACGAAGUCUAACCUAGAUUGAACUUUAAGAAAGUCAUCGAGCCAGGUUCAAGACUGAUAUCAUUGAACGUCGGUUUUGUUAAAAGUAGAAAAUUGUUCUGUUAGUCUUCAGGUGAUGUGCCAUCUUGACACUAACCUGCGAUCAGGGUUUUUUCCCCUUUUGAAAUACACGGAAGGCUUAACCUCAGGCUAACUUGACACAGUUAGAAACAACUGGACAAGGAGUAGAUUUUCGGUUGGCGAAGUUAAAAAUUUCUUUUACAUUUUCUGGCUAAGCUCUUAUGGAAUAACUGGUCUCUUGAUAUAGGGGGUUAUGGGGGGAGGGGAAUACCAAAACGCUUCACCAAAGCUGCCUUGUUUCCUAUGAAUUAAAGCUUUUUUUGUUUUCUUGCCCGCGAUAUAUUACAACCUGUAAUUUUAUUUUUGUUUAUUUAUUUAUUUAUUUACUUACUUAUUUGUUUGUUUAAUUUGUUUGCUCAAUCUAUCUUCCAUUUAGUCACUCAGUUAAUGAGAAAUCUUACAGGAAAAACUAAUUGUGUAUUACUAAAUUAAUUCUUAAACCUCUUGAAAUCUUAAAACUUUCUAAGGUUUCAUUUCAUUAUGUCAUUUAUUUUUUUUAACUUUUCAAUUGCUUGCGUCCUUCUUCGAUGAAAAAUUACACCGGGAGUUAAGUUAAUGAAUGUGUAAAAGGUGCGGUAACUAAUGCUGUAUGAGUCAUUAAAGCGAUUGACCUAGUAAAUAAGUAAAUAAAGGUGCAAUUAGCGGCUAACACCGUCGUAACAACUAUUCGCAUUUUCAUUUGGUCAAGCACAAAAUACCGCAAAUUUUGAAACGAUCCUUGACUAUUUCGCGGAGCGAAACAAACAGUCGCGAAUUUCCUUGCACUUUCUAUUCUUUCUGAUCUAGUGGACAGAGUCAUGAUCGUGGUUAAGCGGUACUUAACAAAAAAAAGGCUGAGUUUAGUAAUAACAUAAAUUGUUUGCUUUCCUUGUUAUAAUGUCUCUGUCAGAUUCAUCAAGUUUUUCCCAUAAAGGUGUGGUAAAGUUUGUGCCAAUUUUUCGCGAAUCGUUCUUCAGUAGGGGAAAUAAAAGUCGCGUACUGUAACAACAAUACUCAUUACACGUACAUUUUUACCUACAUAUAUUUUUAAUUUUCAGUUUAUUUUAUGAUACGUAUAAUUACGAACGUUAUAUCGCUCAUUUUAUGAAAUAUCAAUUUUCAAAGUGCCUUUCUUGUUAUACGAGUGACUAAGUUGUUAUCCUGUUUAAGUCUCUGUUCGACUAAGAAAUAUAUGAUGCAAACAAGGGCUGCAGUUUAAAUGAUAGGAAAUGGGGGCUGCGCAAUUAAGACAGAAAGACGAGUCAAUGUCCAAAUGCACCUGUUAUGGAGCCAUGAUGAAUUCUAAUUGAGGGCUUGAUAGUAUAACAUUCUUCCUUCACUUUUUAGCCCUGUGUCCUCUAAACUGAACAUUCAAAGAACAGGACUUAGUUUUUCGAGAAAAACGAGGCCAAAAAAGUCCGGCGUCGUUUGUUGAGAACAAUGCAGGACACCCACGUACAAUCCAUUCAUGUAAAACUGCUAUAUUUUAAACAAUAGGUCAACAGGUAAUGAAAACUUUUUGAUUUAUUGAACUUAUGUUGAAAUUGACGAUAUGAUAAUGUAAUUAAUCAUUCGUAAAUGAUGUUCUGAGGAAGGAAACUUUGAUUACCGAAACCGGAAAACAACAGGGAAAGUUAUGAAUGGUUGAUCGAAUCCAGAGGCAACCAUUCAUCAAUCAUUGUUUAUAUUGAACUUAUAUUAAUUUAAACUUUACGAUAUAACCAUAUAAUCAAUUUCUUUUAAAUGAUAUCCUCAGGAAGGAAACUGGAGGAAGAGGAAGGGGUUGAUUUAAUUUCUAAAACAUGUCUCCUCGAACUCAUUAAACAACUUAAGGAAGCCCUUGAGGAAACGGAAAAUUGCUUUCAAUUAUGGGAGCUCUGGAAAAAUAUUAUGUCGAAAAUCGAAAGUUAAAAAGGGGUUCGUGUGAACAAAAUGACAUUUUGGACAUGAAAAAAUUUUGGACAUGAAAUUUUCAGAAUUUUAACUGUGUUUUCUCAAUUCUUUUGAAAUUUGACAUUCAUUUUCUCGGGCUCCCAUAAGAAAUUUUCUUUGGUGUUAUUACAGAUAACUAAUUACAUCUACAGCGCUUGAAAAAUGUAGAAAUAAUGCAAUAUUCUUUAAAUUAUUCUGGCACAAGGUUUUUGUCCAUUAAAAAUUAAAAUUACUCAAUUACCUGGUGGAUUCCGUCUUAAAGCGUCAAGUGCUCCGUCAUGUUAAAUGCGAGUUUAAAGCGGUUGCUAUAAGUCAGUCUUUGGAUAUUUUGGCCGGAUAUAACCAAACAACAAAUUAGUACAAGCAUGCAUUUAACUGCGGAGUGUUUGUUUGUUUUUUCCUUUUGGGCGUUGUCGCCUUGGUUUCUCUCUGAGCUUCCUUAACAAGCUAACACCCCCAUACUUAAUUUUGUUCCGUUUACAGAGGAAUUCCAGAGAGCUGUUUGCAUCUCUACAGGUCAGACACUGGAUCCAUACGUGGUACACACUGUCUUUCAGCUGUUCGAUAAAGAUGGUGAGAUAUUUCAUACUAUGUGUGUGUGUGUUCUGCUCACAGGCAGGUCCUUCCUUAGUUGCCGAUCUAAGGCGUACCUCUUGACAGCUACGUAAGCGUCGCCAUCCCUCACUCUAUCCAGCCUUCCCGCUCGAGGUCUUCCAAGUGGCCUCGUUCCUAUUAUUCUCUCCUCAAUAACUAAUUGGACAGGAUCACCCUACGGGUAUGAAUAAUAAUAAUAAUAAUAAUAAUAAUAAUAAUAAUAAUAAUAAUAACUUUAUUUGUAUAGCGGUAUGUACAAAAGCUCUAUAUCGAUUUACAAUCAAAAAAGAAAAUAACUAACUAACAAUAGCACUAAAACAAAAAGUCAAUUGAAAGCGAGUCUAAAAAGAUAAGUUUUCAAUCUAGAUUUAAAAACAUCAACUGAUCCACUUAAUUUAAUGUCUAAGGGAAUAUCAUUCCAGUGCUUUGGGGCAGCGACCGAAAAGGCCCUGUCCCCAUAGCUCUUCAGGCGCACAUUCGGUACUUCUAAUAAAUGUUUGCUAGCUGACCUAAGAUUUCUAGUAGGGUUAUAUGGGACUAUAAGUUGGCUUAAAUACGGAGGCGCCAGAUUAUUGAGAGCUUUAAAAGUUAACAGUAAUACUUUAAAGGUACAAGCCAGACUCUCUGUCUUCUGUUGAUAACAGGUAUGAUGGCUCUCUCCUCACCGACACAUAUUAUACUAGAUAUACACUCUGGAAGAAAUAGUGUACUAGUCCGGUUGUAGACUGCAAAACAGUCCGUAUUUUUGCGUAUUCAAGUAAGCGCGAACAGUCAAACAAAAGGUCUAGAACGAGGCUGAAAACGGAGAGUGAGAGUGGGGAAAAACGCUUCUCUCGCCUCCUGAGGCUCCUCGCGCGCUUCGCGCGUGUAAGACUCUUACGCCACGCUUUACCGAUUUCUUUACUGAUUUUGAGAAAAAAAAAACCGACUGUUUUUGCAGUCUAGUCCUGUUGUUGCAGAAACGAAACGUGUGUUGGUUAGCUGUUUUUUUACAUUUGGUGAUAAAACAGCAUGAUAAAGUAUUCCUUAUAAUUAUUUCAAGAAAGUUAAAAAAAAACGGGUCGCCCCAUGUAAAAAAUCAGAGACAGGUUCCGGAUUCAGGAUUCGAAUCGUUACCUGAAUUCUUCUAAAUCUCCCCAGAAGUGUGUAAUGAGAUACGUAAGCAAAAUGAAAGUUUCUACAUUAUUUGUUACCGUAAAUAUCAAUCGUUUCUUCUACACCUUGAUGUUAUUGUUGUUCUUUGUUGCGCAAACUGUAAAGCGCCGCAGAACAUUCUUGGCUCCAGCACGGAAGUCGUUUUUGCGGAUGGAGUAAAUGAUCGGAUUACAAAGUGUGCUGAAGGAGAAGAUACAAGCAGUGACUAGUACCACGUCCGAUGGAAUAUCCAUACCUCCAGCAAAUUGUCGGCAAUUUCCCACUAUCCAUACAGGCAGGAAACACAACAGAAACGCCGCGAUGAUUAUGCUGACAUCAGUAGCCGCUUUCCGUUCUCUCACCCGCCUUGACAUCUCUUGCUGCUGGCGUUUAGUGUCGCUAGAGUAUUGUUGAAUGUUUGAGGCGUUUAUCUGACGUUUGGCCGUCUUGUAAACCGAUUGAUUUAACAAUAUAAUGACUAGAAAUGGUCCCACAAAGGUAGAGAUGGAGAAGAACAGCAUAUUCCAUCUACUCGAAGCACUUUGCUCUGACCACCCUUGUUCACAAUAGAAGACCUCUGGGUUGUACACAUACUUUCCCCAGUCGAGAAAAGGGCCGAUGGAAAGCGGAAUAGGAAUUAUCCAGAUGAGAACUAUAAGCGCCACUCGGUUACAAGUAACAACUCCACUGUAGGUUAAAGGCGACCUCACUAUCGCUUGGUAUCGAUCAUAAGAUACCACUACCAGAUGAAGGACUGUGUUAAUGUGCAAGUAGCGAGAAAGGCAUGGAUUUAGGUAACACAUUGUUUCACCAAACAGCCAUCUUUCCUCUAAGAUGCUUGCAGUGCGAAAUGUGUUCACUAAAGCAAGCCACAGAAAGUCUGACACGGCAAGACUAGCGAGCAGAACAUAUCGCAUGACGUGAAAUCUUUUUUCCAGGACGAUUGUUGCGAUGAGCAGAAGAUUACCUGGAAGUCCAGUGGAUUCAAGAAGUGCUUGGAACGUUGCAACUACUUUAGAGAUAGACAUGACGGGUGAAGAACGUGUCGCUUCAAAAGUUGUUGUAACCUUUCCCUACUUGCAGCGAAUCUGACCUCAAACGCCAUUAACUAAAAACGUUUGUUUUGUUAUUUCCCUCGAUUCUAACAUUUUCGAAGGAAUACGCUUCCGAUUAGUACAGAGACGAUUGGAGUCCAAAGGAACAUAUUUCUUUGUAAAAAUAUAAUUUCUUUUCUAGAAUGAUGUAACUUUAUGUGUUUGCAAUUCUGACAUUAAAUAUCUUGUUUAGUUUCCUUUGAAGAACUGUCAAUAACACAAAGAAGCAGGUGCCUUACGGAUUAUAAUUCCGCUUUUUCACCAAUUUUCUUUCCAGGCUUAUCAGCGCUUAUCCCGGCAUUGUUGUAGCCUUUCUCCUUCAUUACUGUUAAAUUAGUACUCGGCCAUUGCUCAAUUGCUGUCAAAGCUGUUUAAGACAAUUUCAGUUCCUUUGCGAUAAAUGUACAUAAAAAUCACUGAAAUUAAAAUAGUGUUUUUACUGUAGCUCUGCCAUUAAUUUUUCCCUGUAAAAUUCUUUUCAUAUCUUGUUGUAAUAAUUAACUGAUGGAACCUAUUCCUUAUAAGUUUCCCUGGGACUUCCUUGCCGUUAGCGUUUGAAUAUUUAGAACUUCUUGUUUUGAAUAUUUUUAUAGCAAAACAAUAAACUGAAACGGAAAUUGCUUAUUUUAAUUUCUUGCUUUCAGCUUUUCCUGAAGUUAGCAGGGAAAUCUGUUUAUUAUAUGUGGUUGUGUUGCCCGAAAAAGGGAAGUGUAGCUCCGAGACCAUCCAGGGCAUGAAAUAAAAUACAUAACGGCUCCUUCCCUGAAAAAGAAAUAGAGGAUAUAACGUGGCCGCGCGGGGAUACGAAUUUUAUCUUCGAGUGCUGAAAGUAUUUCUCACGAUUGAGCGAAGCGAACGAGUGAGAGAUACUUUCACCAGCACGAGAAGAGAAAAUUCGUAUCCCCAAGCGGCCAUGUAACGUUCUGUUUAUUUUAUAGAUACUGAUGAAAUUCCUACAUAAAACACAACUUUUUUUUAUUCAUUUUCGAAACAGCAAAAUAGUGCAAUUAAAGUGGUCACCUAUCGCAAAAUGCCUGUCACAAAAUGUUCUGAAACUCGAAUAUGAAGGAGAAAUAAAGACAAUAAUUGGCUAAUCAUGUUAGUAGCAAUGGCGACACCAAUAUCCUCACACGUGAAAGAUAAAAAUAAUAUCUUCACCGCGCGCGAUGAAGAUAUGAUUUUUUAGUAAAAGGAAAAAUCCUGGUAUUUCAUCAGUAUCUAUAUAAUAAUUUGUGUUACCUUGUAGGUGAUGGGAAACUGAGUUACGGAGAAUUUAUAGAGUUGAUGAAAGACCGUGUUCAUCGUGGAUUUAGGGUAAGAUUCUGGUUCGUUUAUAGUCUUCAUACGUAUCGUUAUCGACAAUAGUUACUGAGGGAUACAGGUUAGCUUUUUAAGUACCUUGUUGGUACUUAAUUUCGCGCUUUUCGCAAUUAUAAAAAAUAGCGAUGUUAAACACCCGUGAAUAAAAAUCUUCGUGAAAUUUAAGCAAGCGAAAUUUAAUACCCCAUAUAGAAAACUUAAGUAGCAGAAAAAAAAAUAACUAACAUGUAAUGACAACAACAUAUAAAGGAUAUGUAUCGAAAAAUACAUAUAGUGUGCAUAGAUUUCCAGCUUACUUGAAAAGUACGUUUUUAAAUAUGCGCUUUGCUUGUUCCAGUUUAUCUAGAACUAAAGCCUUUAGACUUUUUGCGGAACAAAAGGAAGUUCAAAACGCGUUAAUCGCGUAAUUUACUGCCUUUUUUUCAUAUUCGCCUACUGACAUCACGAAAAUAAAACCCCGUGAAAUACUGUCUCGCCAAAAUCGCGAAAUUAAGGUGUUUCGAUACAGUUUUUCAGACACCAUACCGAUAUUUUUCAAUCGCCUUAAAAGUGGUUUUUUCCUCGUCCGAUCGCUAUAAAAUUUUCACCAGUAAUUGGCUGUGGACUGAAAUUUGUGAAAAUGUAGUUUUAAGUAAAAUUGAUAUUACUAUGACAACAAUAAACAAAAAACUUUGAAAUUGAUAAAAGCCGAAUUUUGUGCGAUCUAGACCAGCUACUGAAAAUCCAGCACUAGGAACUUAAAGAUCGGUGUUGAGCAAGCAAUCUCCGUGAGAAGUAAAAAAUCCUGUAUGUUUGAAUUCGAAUAAAACGAAAAUAUAUUUCAAGUCUUAAAUUUUCAAUAGGCGUGAUAGAUUAUUUAAUAAAAACAUUAUAAAUGACUCAAAUUAUUCUUAACCCCUUAAUCCCUAAGAGUGAUAAGCAUCAAAUUUCUCCUUGUAAUAUCAAUCUUUGUAAAACAGAGUGGUCAUGAGAAUUACGGACAUGAUCACACAAGAUGAAUUUCCUUGAUAUUUUAUCAGCUCCUCCCCACUACUUCUGUAGGAAAUGACGAGGGGCAACGUAUGAGAAUUCAAAUUUUGAUCUUAGGGUUUAAAGGGUUAAGUAGCGUCAGAAUGCUGCUUAAUUAAUAUCAUAUUUUGAUGCUAGGAAAUUUUGGUGUAUUUUCGUUCUUGCGAUCUUGAAAACCAACCCGUUUUCUCACCACAUGUAUAAGUGCAACUUGAAUCAAAAUUUGGACUUUAAGCGCCUUAUUGAAUAUCUCUGAAACGACUUGAACGAAUUUUUUUCAAAUCUCCUCACAUAAUCUUCAAAAUUUAUAUUAUAAGGCCUGAAACUUUCAUUGAGAUUAAUUCACUGCAAAAUCUUAAAAUUUCAAGGCAAACCUAUCCUACGAACCUGUCAAAAAUCUGCGUUACAACAUUCAAUGUUUUGACGUUAUGCUAAUUGUUCCAAAAGAAUGCGCACUAUACAUACCUCCAUGACUAGUAAAUUUAUAGUUUGAAUUUAUCGCAUCUUUUGAAUGUGAAACAUUGACAAUACUCACACUGAAAUGUACUAGUCAUGGAUAUAUUUAUGGUCCGCAUUAAUUUUGAAAAAUUAGCAUAACGUCAAAACAGUGAAUGUUGCUACGCGGAUUUUCGACAGGUUCGUAGGAUAUGUUCGUCUUGAAAUUUCAAGGUGUUGCAGGCGUGCGGACGUGCGUAAGGUCACGUGACUACAAGUCACUACCAAAAUUUCUCGGAUGCAUAGAUAAUAAUAAUGAUAAUAAUAAUAAUAAUGACUGUUUAUUAAGACUCAUUGCAGCAAUAUACAGAAUGGCUGAAUUACAGAGCUAUUUACAAAACAUAUAGUACUAAAAUAUAAUACAAUAAAUCCAAUAAAUACUAGAAAUUAUAAUUGUACAAGCCACUAGGUAUACUUAUGCGUGAUAAACUCUUGCGUGCUUAGUGCUACAGGUAGGACGCGUGGAGCGGCUAAUGCCAGAUCUAAGAUUAUAAUUACGCACAACCUCCUCCUGUUUGGGGAGCGUAAAAUGCAAGGGGUGAUUCUCAUUCCGGAGUCUAUCAAUAUAAACCUGGCAUAGAUGGGCGCGUCUGUCACUUAGAGUUGUUAAAUUAAGGGCAUUUAAUGCCUCGUUGUAAUUCAUUAAAGGAAAAAUGAUGCGCAUAGCCCUUUUCUGAAUGCUCUCAAUCUUAUAAGAUAGAAAAUCUGGUAUAUUUUGCCAGACAGGGGCAGCAUAUUCUAGAACAGGACGAACAAUGGUUGUAUAAACCUUAGCCAGUGAAGCUGGAGGUGCACCACAUUGCUUAAGGACCCUUAAAGAGUAAAGCCUCCUGUUUCCCUUUUGCACUAUGACUUCUACAUGAUGGUUCCAUCUCAGGUCAUUACUUACGUAAACACCUAGUAGCUUACGUGUCAUGACUCUCUCAAUUGUGUUACUACCAAUUACAGUAGGAUUCACAAUAAAAUUAUGAUUACUCAUAAAAUUAAUUAGCAUCUCCUUGCAUUUAGUAGGGUUCAAUUUCAUUCUGUGAUCUUCAGAAAAAGCAUAUAGAUAUCGUUUGUAACAAAAUUGAGCAGACUGGCACUGUUUCUAGGGAUUAUUUCAAGGGCUGUGGUAUCAUCAUCAAACUUUAUUCUAAGGUUCCAUGAGCGCAAUAAAUUAUUUGUCAUGAUUGUAAACAAAAUGACUCCUAACUUGGUGCCUUGUGGUAUACCGCCCUUGGGAGUUUUCCACUCAGAUAUAAUGUUCUCAAUCCUCACAGCCUGAGUCCUGUUACACAGAAAAGCUGUUAUCCAGUUAACUAGAACAGGGUGCACAUGCAUGUUCCUUAGCUCCUCAAUCAGCACACUGUGGUCAAUCAUGUCAAAACCUUUAGAGUAGUCAGCAAAAAACAACCUAGCACCACAGCUCCCAAAUUGUCUUACCCAUGGUGCUCCGCUGCGCGCUACGCUGUAAUAGAAAACUAAAAACGGUACGUCCAGUAAACACCUGGAAGAAAUAACAAAGGCAUUGUUGUUUCCUUAGUUUACUUAAUUAAUUGAGGCGAAUGUUCCAACACAUGAUUAAUUUUUCAUCCGUGAUGCUCACUUCGCUUUUCACAAACAUGCGAACUCUAAAGUUAAAAAACCGCCUUCAAAAUUGCGUUUUUCGUUUCAUAAUCACGAUCACAAGCAACGAAUCUUGAAACACAGAAACACGCAAAAGGGAUCGUAAUCCACCAAUGAAAAAUCACAAUCCAUCACCUUUUGAACCCGUUAAAGAAAAGUUUUGUUUUCUAAGAGGUCCGUUAAGAUGAUUGACGGCAGCGAAAAACGUAAUCGUUAGUUGGCUUUUGAAUUUCAGAAUUCGCGUGUUUUUGAAAAAAACGCAGUAACAAACUUUUUCAAGUUGAAUUUCUUGUGUUAGGAGCAUUAGAAUCGUUUUUUUUUUUUUGAGUGUAAAACCAUAGAUUUAGAGUUUGAACGCUUAAAUUUUAUGAUUUUGAUGUUGAUGGUUAAAUAGGAAACCCGCAUGCGAUUAUGGAAGACUAAUAAGGCUUAGAGUUGAUUUCCAGUGUCGCGUAAUUUUUACGUGCGUACGUGCGUAAAAUUUACGUUCGCAAAUAAAAUAGAGGCAAUGUAUGGAAGGUCGCUCGUAAGCGUAAAAGUUGAACCUCGCUCAGCUUCUCGUUUAUGCUCAGCACUUUUUAUCUUGCCUCGAUUUUAUUUACGUGAUUAAAAUUUACGUGCGUCAACGUGCGUAGCCAAAAACGCGUCAGUGGAUAUCCGUGCAACCUAAAGGAAAGCUAGUUCAGACUCUGCGAAAGAGAAAAAAGCAGCUGAAUUUACAGAUUUCAAAAAUCUUUCCUUAUUAGUUGAAUCAAUCUGGAUUUAAAAUUCUAUAACUUUAAAACCUUAACGGGCUCAAACAUUCUAAGUAACGUACAUUGUUUUAGCCGGCGUUUUUGUUAAGUUUAUUGUCAACAAAUAUCUGGGUGUUGGCUGUAAUCAUAUAAACCUGUUUCGUGUAAACAAGGAGAUUUCCGAAAUCUUGUGUAUUGCUCAGUAUUAAAGCUUAUUGAUAGGGUGUGUUAGCAAAUAGCCAUAUUAAGGCUUUAGUCAACAAAAAAUUACAGUCAAAUCUCGACUUAGCGGCGUUAUAUUAAGAGGCCUCUCUCUAUCUAGGAGCCAGUAUGUCGACUCUAGAAAUAAUGCCACGACAAAUAUUCCGUUACCUCUGUUAAGCCUCAAGGAAACUUCUUGGUGUCUAGACUAGGAUUCAUUUUUUUACUUAAUAGUGAGAAUAGUAAGAAAUCUAUAACCUUAAGCUUAAGCGACUUUGAUCUGGCGUUUUCUCUCCAUUUGCAUCGCUUUAUUUUAGUUAUUAUUGAUCUCUGCAUUUGGUUUGAUAUUGAUUUUUAUAGUCUCCCUACUUGUUAAUUUUAAGCAAAGCGCUCCAUCAAAUCACUUUUCGGCUUAGUGACAACGCGACUUGCUCCUUCGCGGAGAUGGCUCUGUCUUCAAUGUUAAGUACUAAAUCAAAAUCCAACACAAAUGUUCUGAUGAAGUCAUUGAAAAUCGUCCAAUAGUGGACUGGUCUUGUUAAAAACCAGUUUACUAGAACAAUAAAACUGUUAGGAGUGGUAAGAAAGUGGACUGGGGAAUCUUAAGAUAGUUGCGCCGACUUCGUCAAGCCUGAGAGCGCGGUUAUUUGGGGAAAAUCGCUCCAAACCCCAUUGAUUGGUUUAGAGAAUGAAUGAAUAAACUGGUAUUUUUCUCCCGUUGAUCCAGUGCCCUUUUAGACGUCCGCUAAUGCAUCGUCAUUAUUUGAGCCUAAUUAAACGAAAACGUGAGAUUUCUCGUAACACUGCCCCUUUAACAGAGGCUACAGAAAUUUAACUAAAUUCUCCUGAUCAGAGACAUAGAAAUACAAAACUUAUUUACGUCAAGUCUCAAUACGGACACAUAAAAAGGUGCACAUGAAGCUUGUAGUGACGGAUCUACGAGAGAGACUCGGGGAUCCGGGACCCCACCUUCUUUUUAAGCAAAAGUGAAGCCCACAGAGCCGAGGAAAAUUGUUUUCGAAGACGAUCCCCAUCUUAUCUUGGGGCCUGAAUGAGCGGGCGCCACCACUUACUUGAAGAUUUGAAUCCUUCAUUGGCUUGUUAGGGGGCUUAAGCAACGACGACGACGGCGACGGCAACGAGAACGGUAAAAAGCGGCGAUAGGUUUAGUCUAGCAAAACAACAACUUUGCGCUUGCAUCACGCGUUUUUUACAUCUCUUUCCCGUCGUUGCACGACUGCCACAGAAAACUGUACUUGAACGCAAGACAACCAGCUUCUUUUUAUAUUCCUCAACUUAGAAACAGUCAGUCCUCCAGAAAUAUUGACAAAUAUGGAAUAAAAGCGAUGAAGUUUGAAAAAGCUCGAAUUGAGUUUUUAAGUUCGUCGCCGUGGCCGUUGUGGUUGCUUAAACGCCUGGCUAAUAUCUUUGAGAUUGAGACUAAGUGAAAUGUCCGCGAUACAGAGGCGAAAGCGUGUCAGAGAGUUGUUAGUAACGUAAUAAGCCGUUCGAGUGUAUGCUAUGUGGUCAGAGCUUACAAAGACAGUCUUAAAGUAGCUCAAAUUAAUUUGUACUUCUUAAACAUGGCCCCUCCAAUCCACUUGUAAAAUGUGCGAAAAUCUUCUGGGGUGCUGGUUGUAUAAAGCAACAGAAGAUUCAGACGGACCUUUUACAACUGUUCCCUGUAUUCCGAGGGAUUUUCUUGCGCUCUCGUUUCGUUUCCUAUAUUCGUAAAUACGCUUUCGGCCUAGUUAUUCGUGAUCGUACGAGAAAAUCCUCCAGAGAAAAAGGAAAUGGUUGCAGAAAAUCCGCAAAUCAUCUUAAGCCGCUUCGAACGACCGGGUCUAGGCGACGUCUGAGGCGACGGUCGGAAGUCUUCGUUAACCUUCGGGCGUAAUCUUUUCGUGGAAAGUCAGACCACUGACUCUGUCGUUAUCACCAGACCGUUUCAUGAGCACGUUUGCCACAGACUUGAAUUGAAUUAAUAAUUAGAGGACUAUUUUUAAGCUUUUCUUUAUGUAGUCUUUUUAAAAAUACGUGCAUUAAGUCUGAAUCGUUGCGUUCAGUUCUGAGUGCAUGUGUUCCGGGGUUGUACAGAAAUUCCGGUUCGGUUCCUGUGAAGUUAAAUUUUUGAAGUAAAUCACGUAAUUACGCAGUUCAACCACACAGAGGAUACAAUCCCAAGAAAAAAAGAAGCACUGACGCGGAACAGAACACAAAGGUUUUUUGGUGUGUUCUUCGUUUGUGGUUCGUAAAUUAAGCUGAACGGAGAAAACGAUGGGGGGGGGGGGGGGAGGGGAAAAAAACCCCCCAGUCUUUUCCCUCUUCUUCCCCUCCCCCAUCGUUUUCAUGUUUGGCCUUGAUGACUGUGUCUGUUACUUUAUGAAUCAGAAAAGAAAAACACGCCAAAAAAACGUUUGCUACGCAGGCUAACAUCCUGAUUGAGCUUCGAUUUUCAACGCAAAGGUAUCACCAGUUGCUUGUCUCACAAAUUUAACAAACAAGUGAUGAGGACCCAUUUUAGAAAUCAUCUUGGUAAAUGCUGUUACAAUGGUGAUUUUUUAAUGGAUAAUUUUGCCAUUUGCCAUACAUUCGAACCUCUUUAUAAUGACCGUUUUGGAGAGAUAGGGGUGUAACGUAACACCAGUUUUCUAGGAACGGGUACUUCAUUUCUAUUUUUAGAAAAUGCCUACUGAAGCGUAUUUAAAAAAAAUAAACGUUCAAAACAAACAUGAUAUCAAAAUUAAAUUUUGUGCAUGGUUCGCUUUAAGCAACUGCCGUUUCAGUGCGGACGAAAUUUAGUACCCGACGACUUAGUGACGAAGUGGUUGUUUAAACAUGAGUGAAUGUAAGGACUUGAUACGGACUGUUCACCAGGCCAGAAACAAGUGACCUGUCCAAGAGGUUCUACUGUACAUUGAUGAACAGUUUAACUCACUCCCUGUCCAUUGUGAUUUUUCGUACUUCGCUGUGAAGUGCAUUUAUAAUACGAUGAAAAAAGGGCUCUUUACGAUAAGAAACUGGCAAACGCACGCGCCUUGUUUACAGUUCUCUUCCGCUUGUGAUAAAUCUUAGCUUGCCCAAGGACAAUUGCGAACAAUCCAGUUGUUUUCUUUGCCUGAGUUUGUUAUCUUAACCUAAUUAAAUAAAUGACACCUUUUAGUUCCUUUGCAAAGUCUGCAAAGUGAUAUUAAUUGGAAAUUAAGGCAAAAACCAACGGAGCAACAGAGUUAAGUAUCAUUAAAAAUAACUGAGUACUUUUUCCUUUUUUUCUAUUUACCAGGGAGUGUUAUUAUAGCGUCAGGCAAGGUUUCCCGCGACCAAAAUAGUUUGAUGCUAAAAAUAAAAAGUAAUUACUUCCUAAGUUUGAACAUUGCCAAAAAUAUACUAUUAUUUAUAAAUAGCUGGUUACGCCCAUUUUGAUUUAUGUUAAUUAUAAGCGACGACCCGUUAAAUGUUUUAGUACAAACAAUCUUCAUAAAGAUUUGGUCGUAUUUCCCACCAAUUAAGCAUUUUUUUUUAACACGGCUGAGUUUUAAAGUGUCUGUGUCGCGACAAUCUUUCCUUGUUUCUUUGUGUUAACUAUAAACUGGAUUUUGAAAGUCCAUUUCCUGUGCUCAAAAUAGGCUUGAGCAACGAAGAAAAGACGAAAAUUUAUUUUCCAAGAUAGCAGAAACUUUAAAGUACAGUGAUGCUUCCACAGUGAUACCGUCAAACCUGCAGACUUCGUUCUUUUAAGUUUCAGCACAGGUACCGCUUAAAGGUACCGCAUGCUCACGUGUGAGAAUCGUUGUUGCGUAACCAAGAAAUAUUAUAAUGGUUUGUAUGGAGAUGGAUUUCAGCGAUUGUUAUUUAGGGGGUCAAAAAUAGUAAUAAAAAUACAUCAGAAUUCCUUACCUUGUCUUCUUGUCUAAAUUUAUGGUGUUUUCUUAGCAUUUUUAACGAACAACGGCAGAACUAAAACUCGCUGAAAUCGCCCUGAAACGGCCAAAAUGCUAACACCAUAAAUUUAGACAAGGAGACAAAGUAAAGAAUUCUGAUGUAUUUUUAUUACUAUUUUUGACCCCCUAAAUAACAAUCUCUGAAAUCUCCGUACAAACCAUUAUAAUAUUUCUUGGUUAUGAAACAACGAUUCUCACUCGUGAGUUUGGGGUACCUGUGGUUUCAGUCUAUUUCAUUCCUGUUAAAAGAAGUUGUUAAGUAGUCUACAAAAACUGUGUGGCUCUGUCGGUGAGGAAAUGAAACACAAAAAUGUGGGUUUAUCCACAGGUUUUGUGUACUAAGGCAGAAACUUUAAGCAAGACAAGGCCACCAUCAUUGGGCUGAAACGGCUUCCGCAGGUGUUUAAAGUAUUGUUAGUACUAAUCUCUGCAAUGCCUCUGUAAUAGGCUAAUAAACUAAAUGUGGAAAGCAUUCACCCUAUCUAGAUCCUCUUGCUCUGCGGGAAAAUACAUAAGAAACUUUAAAAAUGUAGCGAAAAGAUAAAAAUGGCCUGAAGACUAGUCCACAGUGCGGCAUAAGAUCUUAGAUCACUAUCAGAAAAUGGAAAGAAUAUCUUAUUUAUCUUUUGCACCUUUUUAUUUUGUACUGGAAGCAUACUUAACGCGAAUGGGACUGGGCGCAAACAAUUUCUCUGCAUUGUGUCUAAACAUGGUCUUGUAAAACCGUCGAGAUUAUUUUAUUUUUUAAGACAAGCAUCCAGCUAUAACUAAUACCUAGAGUUCUUUAGUCACUUUCUUUGACUCUCUUUGUGGCGGUCACCUAACUACUAAAUGGACUAAUAGUUUAAGUGAGUUUAGUGUAACAGGUUCAGAUUUAAGGUUAAAAAUCUUGAAAGUAAAACCUUUCGGUCCCCGGCUUUAUUAGGGCGUCAGAAAAGCGUAGAAGUUCAUAUCUAUCCUCUCUCAGUAUAAAUUGAUUAGCGGUUUGGAAUUUACUGACAUGGAUGAUUUCAUGGGCUUGUCUAAUACGCUGUAAAUACUUUUUGGCGCGGGUAUCGUUUUAAGUAGAUCCCAUGUAUUAGCUCGAGUGUUCUGCCGUGACCCUAUAGCUGGUCCUCUGAAGACGUUGCUUAGGUUCUGUGACGACCUGGAUUAACUCGAGUGCGAAUUCUCGAAUGGCUUAAAUGUUCGCAAGAGCUAAGGGCCGAGGUAGAUCAAACAAUUCCUAAAUAGUACACACAGUAAUGACAGGUUUUCAGCGAAAACUCUCAAUAAAAAAAGCCCAUCUCAUUUUCAAAAUGACUGGUCCGGUCGACUAGGUCUGACUUGUGGUAUGAGCCGUAAGUUUGGCAUUGUAGGUUGCUAAUUAAAAAUGCUUUUUGUAUAUUUUCCAUCACUCCGCCCUGAUGAAGGCUGCAUGAAGUCUUAGCCAAAACAGGUAUUUUUAACCAAGUGAAAGUAACUUUUAUUUUGUUUGGUCGUGAAUCCACCUGGGUUGCAGUUUCAUUGUUAAACAUUUUUAUAAGUGGAAAGCGAGAAACCUUUAGGGUCGGAUAUUUAAACGAAGUAUAACUUAGACCGCGGUUUAGGAAAUCUUUGGACUUCGAGAUCUCGUCCACAGUGGAUUAUUUUAAGAAGCAAAUGCUUUUCUAGUCUACGCCAUAUGAUUUCAUGAAACUGUUCACAAUAAAUAGUGUUUAUAUAAAAGCUUUCGGCAAACUGAAAAUGGCUUAGAACGCGGUUUUGUUAAACACUGGCUAAACUCCGUUUAAAUAACUGGCUCUUCAUUUUUGUUUCAAUUUCUGUGUCAGUAAUUUUUUCUGUGAGGUGUGGUCGCGGGAUUUGGCGCGACUCGCCUGUGCCCUGCCCAAUGAAUCUACAACACGCGCAAUUUCUUGCAGUGUAUCGUGAUUGAUAAGGGAUUUCUGCAGCGCGUGCGGUUUUAGAAAAAAGUCAAACCGUGCCGACCUCGGCUUAGUCCUUAACACUCCUUAAGACCCUAAUCUUGUACUUUAUCCAGUUUGUAUCUUUUCUGUGAACUUUCCGGCACGUCAUAGGUCAAGUAUUUCCCUUGCAUGAAAAAUCCAAUUAACUCCUGUGAAAUUUGAAAUCGUGUUGUGUGGUAUCUUACCCACAUUAAAACGUGUCCUACAGAGCUUUACGUCCAGUUGUCAUCAAACCAAUUUGUACUUAACAUGCCCACACUUGUUUGGGGAUUGACCCAGACUGACCGGUAGUUUUCUGCGUAUAAAUGACAAUCUCAAGUAUUAAAACUUGUUUAGACUUAGCUUUCGACAUUUCUUUUGGCAUUAAAACCUGCAAGUGUCUCUUGAGGGAGGAACAAAUGUGGCAAUUGUACCAUUAUCACUUGGUUUUAUCGUAGAAAAGAUUGCGUAGUGUGAGGUAACAAGGUACAACCACGACUUAAAUAUGUUUCAGCCGGUGAGAUAUGAAGCAAAAGAAUGUGCUCAAUCCAGUUUUACUAUCGAAAGUUGAGCCCGGUGUUUUUAAAGCAUCGCAUACACUAACAUCAGUGAAGUCCUUUUGAUGCGUGCAUGGUAUUAGCGAAAAUUCCAAACAUGUUUAUCUCGAGUGUGCCACUUGUCUCUAGUUACUCUAGCCACUAAUCCCUUUAUUGUAUCUAUUUUGUACCUUUUGUGCGUCCCGGAGGGCAAGUCUUGUGUCAAGCGUUCAAGUGUCUUACCUCGCGUGAAGAGGAAUCGUUUAGUGUUUGUACCUGAUUUUACACGGGAUUAUUUCUUAUCCAACCCUUCCAGGCGUAAUGUUGAACUCCGAAGUGUCCUGAUAAAACCCCUUACUCCAAGAACAAGUUACAGCGAGACAGAUCUGUCACUCGAACUUUUAAAUCUGUGGACAAAAUCAUAUGGUGUUACGAAUCAAAUGAAACCUCUUGAGCAGUAUUUUCACUUGGUACUAUUUUUUAGUUUGUAGUUCUAACUUUUAAAUCUGUUGACAAAUUGCUAUGGUGUUACCAAUCAAAUGAAACCUCUUCAGCAGUACUUUCACAUGGUUCUAUUUAUCUAGUAUGUAGUUCUAACUUUUGAGUCUGUAGAUGAAAUCCUAUUGUGUUACCAAUCAAAUGAAACCUCUUCAGCAGUACUUUCACAUGGUUCUAUUUAUUUAGUAUGUAAAAUCUGUGGACAAAUUCCCAUGGUGUUACCAUCCAAUUGAAACCUUUUUGGGGUCUUUUUGGCCGAAAAUUUGCAUAGUACUAUUUAUUUCUUACAAUUUUACGAUAAGCUAUUAAAGUUGGGGUUUGUGAAUUUUUCAAAUGGCCUCUAUAAUGAGUAAAAAGGUUAAACUGGAAAGAAUUGCUUAGAAGCCUAUCUUUAAUGAUAUCUGAUUCCUCUGCCCCAGCCUGUAAUGCAAGGUAUUCCAUUGUGGCCUGUUGCUCUCUUGGCAUCCCCCGCGGGCGUGACUUGACAUCUUGUUUAACUAUCUCAAACAGUGGAAACUACAAUUGGGGUUCCUUCCUUUGUUUGCUUACUUCCUCCAAUGUUAUCGCACGUGGCGUGUGACUAGUCGUAAAAAUAUCGACUGUCAUUUCACUGUUAAUGUUAUGUUUACCACUUUUAACAGUCGCACCGAGGAGCAGCUUAUGUAAUAUUGAGACAAAUGCAUUCUGUUACAGAUAGAACUUAGAACCUAGAGCUGUACUGGGCAACAUUGGUGACUAUUUUGAUCUUACUGUAAAUACCUGCACUGCGUCUCUCGUGUCGGCUUAACGUGGCGUAAUCCUCUUGUCUUAAGACUAAUCUUUUAUUGUACAUGUAUCUUUUUUGUUUUACUUCCGUUGUUGUGUCGUGUCAAGCAUCCUGGCUGGCACAAUAUCAAAGCGAUUCACCGUUUAGUUUCCGUAACUGCUUUUAUAACAUCGUGUUGUGUGGCUAGAUACCACACAAGUAGUACUAUUUCAACACUUAACUCUCUUGAUAUGCUUUUCUUGUUUUCAGGACUUUUCGUCAGAGAAAGGUCGUUGGGAAGAGUUCAAGCAGUGCGUCAAGAAAGAGAUGUCUUUGUGA